AGCCAUGUUUCUACCAAGACUUCGAGGCAGACAUCCCUCCCCAGCAUCUCAGCAUGACCAAGCGCCUCUACUACCUCUGGAUGCGACUGACAGCUCUUUCAGCUUCAUGGCAUUCUUCUUCACCUUCAUGGCCCAGCUGGUCAUCAGCAUCAUCCAGGCUGUAGGCAUCCCAGGCUGGGGUGUCUGCGGCUGGAUUGCUACCAUCUCCUUCUUCGGAACGAAUGUCGGCUCCGCGGUGGUGAUGCUCAUUCCCAGUGUCAUGUUCACAGUUGUGGCUGUCUUUUCCUUCAUCGCCCUCAGCAUGGUUCAUAAAUUCUACCGGGGUAGUGGGGGGAGUUUCAGCAAGGCUCAGGAGGAGUGGACCACGGGAGCAUGGAAGAACCCGCACGUGCAGCAGGCAGCCCAGAAUGCAGCCAUGGGGGCGGCACAGGGUGCCAUGAAUCAGCCGCAGACUCAGUAUUCCGCCACCCCCAACUACACAUACUCCAAUGAGAUGUGAGCCAGCCAAGCCCAGCAGGAGGCAGGGCUGGGGGCCAGUGGGACAGGGGGCUCAAGCCACAUCGUCUGUUGUGGUGACCAAGCAGGGUUCCCCCUUCCCUUUUCUCCUUCCCCACUUUGUACAAAGAAUCAGAGUUAUAUAUGUAUAUGUAUAUGUA